CAACAAGAACUGCAGCAUCCGCAUCCACUAGCGUCAUCGAAUCCGUUCCAAAAGGAAACGCGCGUUUCCACCUGAGCGUGUGUGCGGUUGCGCGUGUGUGUGUGCCUGUGUCUAAUUUGCGUAUCCGCGUCACAAAAAAAUAAUAAUAAAAAAUUCAAAUCAAAUCAAAGAAUAUAUACCCCAAUCGAAUUUGAAAUCGAGCUCCCCUUAUCGCGUUUACAAAUUGCAAUCAAGCGAAAUCGCAGCGAACCAUCCAAAUUGCAAUUAAUGCCCGAAAGCGCAUCUGCAUCUGGGCCAUAAAAGAAAUACGUGAACAGUAGAGUCAGUGAUUAGAACUUUGAAUCGCCAGCGAGAUGGACUUCCAGAGCGCCAUGGAGACCUUUGCCGAGGCCUGGGUGGCAGCCAAUGCCGGCCAGCAGAGUCAGGCCUUGGCCUUAACCAGAGCUGCCAACGCGGCCGCCGUUGUGGCCGCGGCCAAUGCCAAAUCGCCGAACGCCUCCUCCGCCUCAGCCAGCCUGGCGGAUCUGGCCGUCAAGAAGGAGCACUCACUGUCGCCGCCCCACAAUGUGGUGCCCAUAGUGGGAGUGCCCGGUGAGGAUCAGAUCCGCCGAUCCUCGUUGCAGGGCGUGCAGGAGAAGCUCACCCAGCUGCAGAUGCAGCAGCAACACCACCAGCAGCAACAGCAGCAGCAGCAACAUCAUCACCAUCAGCAACAUCAGCAGCAGUCGCAGCAGGCGGCUGGCGGAGUGGGUGGUGGCGAGGUGGCUGGGCGCAGGUCCUCUGAGGGCACCCCACCCACAUCCUCCCAUCCGCCGCCGAACGCCGAGGGACUGGCGCAUUCCUCCUCCACAGCCUCAUCUAGUCAGAAUGCCACGCCCAAGAGCGAUCGGGAAAGGGAGCGGGAGAGGGAGCGGGAUAGAGAGGAGCGCGUGGAGCGGGGCAGCAUAUCCUGCCUCCCACCGGCCGCCCUUGGAAUGCCGCAGCAGGCCGAGAAGCUCCUCAGCCAUCCGGCCCUGGAAUCGCGUCGCGAGUUCGACGUCAGCAAAGUGAAUCCCAAAUCACUUCCACUUCACUGUGUGGUGGAGUCGGUGCACUCGCUGCACGCCUCCCUGACCAUCGACACUCGCCAGCCCUGGAAGCGGCGGCCCAACAUCGAGACGGACAGCUACGUGAUCAUCGCGGCGGCCACGCCCUGGAGCGAGAUUGUCCAGACGGCCCUCCAGAGGCUGGGCUACUCGCAGGAGGUGGCCAACACAGCCAGAGGCUCUCUAAUCAUCAAACACUGGAAGCCCAUUCCCCUAGAGCAGAUAUCGGACAACCCGGCGGUGCCCGUGAGCGAUAUUGUGGGGGAACUGACCUCGGUGAUCACGCUGAGGAUCGUGAUCCUGCGGCCCAAGACCUCGCCCUUCGGGGAGAUCAAGGACAAGCUGCUCAAGCUGCUGGUGCUGCAGUCGCAUGCGGUGCUCCGCUCCACAGGAUGCCCGCUGGAUGAGGUGACGCUAUCCCAGAUCUGCCGGAGUUCCCACCAGAACACCUAUGCCCUGCCGGGAGGAGAGAUCUCUGACGACCUGCGCCGCAAAUUCGACCAGUGGUGGUCCAACCAGCUAUCCCCCCAGGCGGCGGCCAUGGCGCCCAAGAUGCUGCCCUUCAUGGGUGGUCCCUCGGCAGUCCCAGUUCCGGUGGCGGUGCCCGGCGAGAUGGACUUUCCGGUGGGCACGGCCAUGGCGGCGGCGGCCGCUGCCGCGGCUCAUGCGGCUGCAGCCGGCGGAGCAGCGGGCGGCAAUCAUCCCCUGGGAUCGAUGGGCAGUCGGGAGAGUCUGUUGCUGGCCAACGAGGCGGCCCAUCAUCCGGGCGCUGGACAGGCUCCGGUGGGUGGACACCACGGCAACAUGCUGGUGCAUCCCAUGCACCCAUCGCUGCACCACCAUCACCAUCACGGGGGCGGCGGUGGCGGCCAUGGUCCGCCGUAUCCCAACCAGAAGACUCGCAUGCGCACCAGCUUCGACCCGGAGAUGGAGCUGCCGAAGCUGCAGAAGUGGUUCGCCGACAAUCCGCAUCCCUCGCGCCAGCAGAUCCAGACGUAUGUGGUGCAGCUGAAUGCCCUGGAAUCGCGUCGGGGUCGCAAGCCGCUGGAUGUGAACAAUGUGGUGUAUUGGUUCAAGAACGCUCGGGCGGCCCAGAAGCGGGCGGAGAUGCGGGGCGGAAGCCUGGGCAGUGCGAUGAGUGCUCUGGGACAUGCCGCCAUGAAUGGCUAUCUCAGCCAGCACGCCCCUUUGGGCCAGAACUCCAGCAGCAGUGCCGGCAGCCAGCCCAUGAGCAUGGGCAACCUGUCCAUGUCGCACGACUAUCUGAAGAGCCCGCUCAGCCUGAAGUCCGAGGACAUCGACACCAUGUCGCAGCACUCCGACGACAUGGACGAGGAGCAGAGCAGGCCCAACACGCCGCAGUUGCCCCUCUCGCUGACCACCCACGAGCGGCAUCGCAGCUCGCCGCUGAUGGACGAGGACGACGAGGAGGCGGCGGGGGAGCGGGAGCGGGAGCAGCAGCAGGAGCGCGAGGCCAAGGGCGAUGGCUUGAAUGGCAGCUUGAACGACGAGGAUCGACAUGAGAAGUCGCGGGAUGAGAUGCAGGACAACGAGAAGGAGAACUCCGGCGCGGAGGAUCGCCACCAGGACGCCCAGGAUGCCCAAUCGGAGUUGGCCUCGGCCAACCAACUCAACAACAAUAAUCACAACAACAGCGGCUCGCACAAUGACCAGGAUGUGGGUUCCACGCCCAAACGCGCCACGCCCAAGGAGGAGGACGACGACCUGGACAUGGACGAGGACGAGGAGGACAACGAAAACGAUGCCAGCCACUUGGACGAGUUCCGUUCGCCCUCGCCGGACUUGGCCGGCGGCGUGGUGCCGCACAAGGACCAGCUGCCCUUCCCCAUGGUCCCCAACUCGAUGUUCUCGCAGUCCUUCAUGUACAUGAGCCACUACAUCCCGGCCUUUGGCCAGGCGGCCGCCGGGCAUCCGCAUCACCAUGCCGCGGCCGCAGCGGCAGCAGCCGGAAUCCAACCGAACGCCCUGAUGGGCGGCGGCGGUCUGAACCUGUCGGGCAUCUCGAACGAGGAGCGACGCAAGCGGAACCGCACCUUCAUCGAUCCGGUGACCGAGGUGCCCAAGCUGGAGCAGUGGUUCGCCAUGAACACGCAUCCCUCGCACAACCUCAUCCUCAAGUACACCGAGGACCUGAACACCAUGCCAUAUAGGCAAAAGUUCCCGCGUUUGGAGAGCAAAAAUGUGCAGUUCUGGUUCAAGAAUCGCAGGGCCAAGUGCAAGCGCCUCAAGAUGUCGCUCUACGACAGCAAUCAGUGCGCCCAGCUGGGAGGACUGGCCUCUUUUGUGCCCAAGUACGAGGAGCGGGACUAAGAUUAGGGAGCCCCGCCCGGAGUUCGAAAUCAAAAUUAGCAGCAUUUCUUCUUGUAAAUAGUUGAACGAGAGACACACAAACACACAACACCCAAUUUAAGCAGCUGGAAAAUCAACGGCUGCAGCUAUGACAAAUACUAUACCAUAUACGAUAGCUCAUAAAUAUGUAAUCCCCUAGUUUAGCCAACUCUAAGUAUUAUAGAACGAGAACUAACCCAGUUACGCGUUACCAGUUGCCCAGGAGCAUCUAGCGAAAAUUAGAGCAAAUAGAUAAAGCCACUUUAUGAGUAAUACGAUCUUGCAUGAACCAGUAUGAGUAAUUUAUAGAGAACUUAACCCUAACCCAGUAAACGGCUCUCCUAAACCGCAUCUAUUUCUACCUAGUUAUUAGCCAUUGAUUAGAAGGAGGGCGGCCACAUUUGGGGGCCAGCUCGUUAAGGAUAAGCAAACCAAAGAAAGCCAAUUUUCGAGAACCGUAGUCGUAGAAGCGAUCUGCGAUCUGUAUAUAAUGUAUGUUAUCCUAGGUACGCAUUCUUUGAGCAUUGUGAAUUUUGUUUCGGCUUUAGUUGCAUUUUAAUCUGCAGUUUAAGUUAAUGUUAAGUUCGAGUUACCAGUACCAGUACCAGUACGUUUAGUUGCCCUGCCUUAUUUGAGAAGCCCCUUCCCACGCCUAGCACAUAUCCCCUUCGAUCCAUGCACACGGAUAUCGCAUAUAGAAUGUAUAACAUACGAUUCGUUGGUAUCUAAUACCAACCCCCAAAAUCCAGCGACCCAAUCAGCUUCGUUGCUAUCCACUCCACUUCGGACACGUAACUAAAUCUACACACUGAAAUAAAAUGUUUUACAAAUUGUUCCAUUAGUUUCGUAAGCCUUCAGAUAGAUAAUAAACUUAAUUCAAAUAAUAUUGUAAUUUAUUGCAAGCAUCGAUACGCAGACACACACACAAGUAACACAGACAGACAUA